GGCCUAACUUAAUUUUCUGCUAUAUUAUAUGGUUGGUCACUUGGUCUGUAACCAAAAUUCCUACUAAGAAUUAGUUUUAGGCAUGUUCCCUAAAUCUAUUUAGGUUUAACGUUUUUCUAUUCUACUAGUAGGUAUUAGGUUUGGUUCCAUAUUGUUUUGGGAUUAACUUAUAUCUUUGGGUCUAUAAAUACAAGAAGUAGAGAUAGCUUCUGGGGCAAAGUCACUAACCUGAACCACAUAUAUUUUGUGUCUGAUUUAUUAGGGAACCCUACACAUCUACUCUUCAAAACGACUACCAUGAAUUCUGGAUCCAGUGGCGGUUCUCGUCCUCGGCCGGCAAGCGGCAUGCGUUCGCCACCUCGGGAAGUAUAUCCGGGCUUACCUCCGUCUGCUUGGACAAAAGCAGAAUAAGAUUAUCGAGAUAGUUUCAUUGAUGAUGUUGUUCCUGUACCUCCAUCGAAAGAAAGUUGGCUCGUGAAUAUGUACCGCUAAGAAAACAAUACGGAUGAUCCCCAGUGGUCUUCGUCUCCAUCUCAAAUAUGGAGGAGAUUUCGUGAAUGAUGAAGACAUCCCAAAGGUUCCGUUGACCUACGACCUCAUGUACCCUGUCUGGAACCAAUACGAUGAUACCGGCCCCGAAAAAGAGCCUGGUCCCCCCAACCCUAGCUUUCGCUUUCGGCAAAUCAGGAGAGUUUGUGGUAGCUGUUAAUCAUUCACAUCCAGGAUUCGUGCCCAACUUUAUCGCGGUUAACGACUCUGGCCGCCUGAUUGCCACUUUGACUGGAGGUGGGAAUCCCGAAGACUACAGAGCGGUUUUGUUUGAUUUGAAACAGGAGAGGAGCAUGGGAAAGGAAUUCUCGCUGAAGAGGCUGCCAGAUUGAUGGCCAAGUCUCUAUCAUCGUCUCACGGUGAAUCACUAGGAAUGUUGCUGGCAGUGGAGGGAACGAAUCAGGUUCUGCUUCCUUGUAUCGGGUAGACAAUGCAGGGAUUCUGAUUAAAAGGGAAAAAACAGUUGGCCUCGGGAUCGGGAGCUGGACUCGCGUAUGCUUUUCUGGACGACGUGAAGAAUCUGAUUGAUGACAAACUUUCGCUCCCCGGCGGUUCCUUUUCCGCUUGAAGAAGAAUACAAGGACUGGUCUGUUUGGUCUCUUGACAUAGCUGCGGGUUGGGCGAGAAGAGUCAUGUGUAGUGUUGCAGCUCAAACCGUUGAUGGCGAUCGUUUCGUGACCGUGUACGGCGUUGGACCUGGUGGCUGUAGGAUCGUCUUUCCCGACGAACCGGUAGAAUCAUUCAUGCCUACAAAUGAAAUACUUUUCUCCAAACCAUAUCGUGGAAAAGACAUUGCCAGCAUCCGUUAUUUGGGACCUGACCCCUUUCUCUGAGCAAAACUAAAGUCGCGGCGGUUUUUCUAAUUUGAUGUCAGUAAUAUAGCCAGUUGCUGUAAUUCAAUUGCAGUAGAAAUAAUUUAAUGGUUUCUCUUUUUUAGUUCAAAGGCUAUUUGGUACGUAGCAGUAUGUGUUGUUUGGUUUGAUGAACUGUAAUGUUGAAUGAUAAAGACCUUUGUUGGUG